AUGGCCACCUAUAGCAAGGCUUGCUGCACACUACCCCCAGUGGUUGACACUGCCUAUGAGCUCAAGGGCAAAUAUGAGAAUAUCUGUGGCAUGAAGACUUAUAUCUUCGGAUUCUUCCCACAGACUCUUCAGGGAGCGGACAUCAUGUCCACCUCUGACGCAGAGCGCAAAUACCGAGUCUUCAUGCCCGACUUCUUCGACGGCAGCCCCGCUGACAUCGCCUGGUACCCCCCAGACACCGACGAGAAGAAAGAGAAAUGGGGCGCCUUCUUCAAGGACAGAGCUCCUCCACCAAACACCCUUCCUCGCAUCCCCCAGGUUGUCGAGGAGAUCAACAAGAACCACUGCCCCGGUGGCGCUGGUUUCAAGUCAUGGGGUAUUGUAGGGUACUGCUGGGGAGGAAAGAUUACCUCUCUCCUCUCUGCCAAGGACACCCUCUUCAAGGCUGCUGUCCAGGUUCAUCCUGCCAUGAUUGAUCCCAAGGAAGCCCUGGAGGUCACUAUCCCCAUGUGCAUCCUGGCUUCAAUGGAUGAAGAUCCCAAUGAGAUUGAGAAGUAUAAGGACAACCUCAAGGUUGAGAAGUUAGUUGAGACCUACGGUGACCAGAUCCACGGCUGGAUGUCUGCUCGAGGCGAUUUGAAGAACCCCACUGUUAAGAAGGAGUAUGAGAAUGGGUACAAGUCUGUUAUUGCCUUCUUCAGGGCGCAUUUGUGA